CCAGCGCGCGCCGCCGCCAUGGGUGCGGUCGUCAGCCACGCCUCCGCCGCGGCCCCUCCCCCUCCCCAGGGCUACGCGCAGCACCCUCCUCCCUUCGGGGACGCCGCCGCCGCCGCGGCGCCGCCGAGCGCCCACGAGGCGGCGGCCGAGGAGGUGGACUACAUGGACCUCCCCUGCCCCGUCCCCUACGAGGAGAUCCAGCGCGAGGCCUUCAUGUCGCUGAAGCCCGACACGUUCGAGGGCUUGCGCUUCGAUUUCACCAAGGGCCUCAACCCGUUCUUCGGAUUGAGCCACAGUGUGUCCAUGGGAUCCAUGGAGCUCCCAUCGCAGGGGGCAGAGGUGAUCAAGGUCCCCACCUCCAACUACGAGUUCGGCGCAAACUUCAUGGAUCCCAAGAUGAUGCUCAUUGGGAGGGUUUCACACGAUGGGAGGCUGACCGCCCGCGUCAAGUGCGAUCUAUUGGAAAAUCUUUGCCUGAAGGUUAAUGCUCAGCUGACAAACGAGCCCCAUUAUUCCCAAGGAAUGUUUAGCUUUGAUUAUAAGGGCAAAGAUUUUCGAUCGCAGUUCCAACUUGGGAAUAAUGCCUUCUACGGAGGAAACUACAUCCAGAGUGUAACUAAGAACCUCUCCUUGGGAACUGAAGCCUUCUGGCUUGGGCAACAAAGAAAAUCAGGAGUUGGCUUUGUUGCUCGAUAUGACACAAAAAAAAUGGUUGCAACUGGACAAAUUGCAACCACUGGAUUGGUUUCACUCAGUUACGUCCAGAAAGUAUCAGAGAAGGUUUCCCUUGCAUCUGAUUUCAUGUACAAUCAUAUGGCAAAAGAUGUUACAGCAAGUUUUGGCUAUGACUAUAUGCUGAGACAGUGUCGUCUGAGGGGGAAGAUUGAUACCAAUGGCGUAGUUUCUGCUCUUUUGGAGGAGCGGUUGGUCACAGGCGUGAAUUUUGUUCUUUCUGCAGAGCUUGAUCACUGGAAGAAAGAUUACAAAUUUGGGUUUGGUAUGGUUCUUGGAGAGUGAGGCAGCGUUGGCAGUUUUCGGAGACACAUGUACGAUUAUAGCAGUUGGCAUUUGUCGACAGAAAUUUAAGACAAUUUUAGUUUUGCAUUCAAUUGUUUUCAGUUCUUCAUGGGGUUGCUCUUGCCUACGGGGCCUUUUUUCUAUUGUACUGGCCUCAUUACUUGAAAAGGCUCGAUUAGGAUAAUGUAGUUAUGAGCUGGUGUUGGACUGGAGUAGCAAACCUGAAUAUAAUUCAAACGCGUUGAUCUUUUUGUGCGAUA